UAAACAAAACCAACUCAUCUUGCACGGUUUACUUUCUUCCUUAUUUUGGCCCUACUGAAUACUUGUACUGGUGCAUUUUUCAAAGUCCUUGAAUACCCAUUAAAUAAAACCAACUCAUCUUCCACGUCUCAAUUUCUUCCUUGUUUCCUUGACUGUUUCUAAUCCACUCAUUUCCUUGUUUACUUCAUGAGAUGCACUUCAAAUCGGUUUCUUCUUAGUAGUCUUGAACUUCAUUAGCCAGGAAAAAAUGUGCAUUUCUACGAACAUUUCCAGAAAGAUAUUUUCUUCUGGCCUUUUCAAAAGUUCAUAAAUUCCAUGGAUGUUCUCAUGUCCAAGUUAUUGAGUUCUUCUCGCAGAAUGGCUCUUUAUGAUGCAAGAGUUGUUGCUGUUCAAUCCCUCCACUUUGUUGUCUGUUGGCUUCUUCUGGAUUCCCUCACCGUGAGCACUAUUGCAGGUAGUGAAACUGAUAUAGAUUGUUUAAAAUCCUUCAAAGAAUCCAUAGGAUACGACCCUUAUGGUUACUUAAGUUCUUCGUGGUCUUUUAAAAGCAAUGAAAAACAAGGUUUCAUCUGUAGCUUUGUAGGGGUGGAUUGCCGGAAUACAGAUGAUCCAGAUGAGGACAAGGUCCGUGGAAUCCAACUUUCUUCCAUGGGGCUUCAAGGCCAAUUUCCACUAGGCAUUGACAAGUGCACGGGCUUACAAUUUUUAAACCUUUCACGUAAUAAUCUUAUUGGACCAAUUCCAUCUGAUAUUGGAAAAAUACUACCCUUCCUGGAACAGCUUGAUCUGUCCUCAAACUCCUUCUCCGGAGAAAUUCCAUCCAGCAUUGCCAACAUUUAUUCUCUCUUGUUCCUUAAACUGGACCACAACCAGUUAACAGGUCCUAUCCCCUCUCAAAUUGCACAGCUGGGAAAUCUUGCAAUCUUCAGUGUAGCUAAUAAUCUGUUGUCAGGGCCAAUCCAUGACUCUCGUUUUCCAGCUGACUCCUAUGAAAAUAACAGGGGACUCUGUGGGGGGCCUUUAAGUCCCUGCCCAAACCAACGGCAUGGGUCAUUGAAGUUCGAUUAUUCCUUCAAAAGUGGAUUUGUGAUUGGUUAUGUGUUUACAGCUGUUUCAGUGAUAUCUGUUUAUAUCUUCUAUUUUAUAGCUUGGUUGCCUGUGAAGAAGGAAAACAAGACGGUGAAGAAGAAAAACAAGAGAAAAGAAGCCAACCAACUGAUCAAAUCACCAACUGCUGAGCUUCUUCUGGAAGAGACCAAAGAGAGUUUAUUGUUGGAGCCGUUUGUUACCAGGAUGAGUUUCAGGAAUCUCAGCGAGGCAACUAACCAUUUCAGCCAACACAAUAUUAUUGGGGUUGGAAAGCUGGGGACAGUCUACAAAGCAAGCCUCCCAAAUGGUUGGCCUCUUGUCGUGAAGAAAUUCCGUCACUCUCACCACUGCGAGGAAUCAUUUCUAUCUGAAAUGCAUGUACUCGGAAAAUUGAGACAUAACAACUUGGUUCCACUCUUGGGAUUUGCUGUAGAAUCAGAGGAAAGACUUCUGGUUUACAAGUAUAUGUCAAAUGGAAAUCUUCACGAUUGGCUACAUUCGGCGGAAUAUGAUGCAAAGAUUCUGGAGUGGCCUUUAAGGAUUAAAAUUGCAGUUGGAUUAGCAAGGGGCUUGGCUUGGCUCCACCACAGCAGCAAUGUCAAUGUAGUCCAUCUCAGAUUAAGCUCCAAGUGUAUUUUACUUGAUCAAAGCUUUGAGCCCAAAAUAUCGAAUUUUGAAAGUGCAGUGCUUGUGCAACCACGAAAAUCCGAUUCAACUGUGAGUUCCAAACUGAUAUCGGAAUUGGGAUUCAUCAAGAAGGAUGUUCAUGGCUUCGGAACGGUGCUUCUUGAGCUGAUUACAGGCAAAGAACCAAGUAAAACAAAAGGGAAACAUACAAGUGAAUGUGAAUGCAAUACUCAGCAGCCAAGUAGCUCUUCUGAUAUCUAUGAUUCAGUGGAUAGAUUUCUAAUUGGUCAGGGAUUUGAUGCUGAAAUUUCUCAGGUUUCGAAAGUUGCAUAUAGUUGCAUUCUAGAUCAAAAUCAAACAAUGCUUGAAGCAUAUAGGAUGUUAAUGGCUGUUGGGGAGAAGCAUGGCCUGCCAUAUGAUUUUGAAGUACUAGCACAAACUCGAAAAGAAGCUAACCAACUAAUCAAAUCAACAACUUCAGAGCUUCUUGUGGAAGUGGAAGAGACCAAAGAGAGUUCAUUGUUGGAGCGAUUUGUUACCAGAUGGAGUUUUAAGAAUCUCAGCGAGGCAACUGACCAUUUCAGUCAACACAACGUUAUUGGGGUCGGAAAGCUGGGGACAGUCUACAAAGCAAGCCUCCCAUAUGGUUGGCCUCUUGCUGUGAAGAAAUUCCGCAACUCGCAUCACUGCGUGGAGUCAUUUCUAUCUGAAAUGCAAGUACUUGGAAAAAUGAGACAUAAUAACUUGGUUUCACUCUUGGGAUUCGCUGUAGAAUCAGAGGAAAGACUUCUGGUUUACAAGUAUAUGUCAAAUGGAAAUCUUCACGAUUGGCUACAUUCGGCGGAAUAUGAUGCAAAGAUUCUGGAGUGGCCUUUAAGGGUUAAAAUUGCAGUUGGAUUAGCAAGGGGCUUGGCUUGGCUCCACCACAGCAGCAAUGUCAAUGUAUUCCAUCUCAGAUUAAGCUCCAAGUGUAUUUUACUUGAUCAUAGCUUUGAGCCCAAAAUAUCGAAUUUUGAAAGUGCAGUGCUCGUGCAACCAAGAAAAUCCGAUUCAAAUGUGAGUUCCAAACUGAUAUCGGAAUUGGGAUUCAUCAAGAAGGAUGUUCAUGGCUUCGGAACGGUGCUUCUUGAGCUGAUUACAGGCAAAGAACCAAGUAAAACAAAAGGGAAACAUACAAGUGAAUGUGAAACAAAAGGGAAACAUACAAGUGAAUGUGAAUGUAAUACUCAGCAGCCAAGUAGCUCUUCUGAUAUCUAUGAUUCCGUGGACAGAUUUCUAAUUGGUCAGGGAUUUGAUGCUGAAAUUUCUCGGGUUUCGAAAGUUGCAUAUAGUUGCAUUCUAGAUCAAAAUCAAACAAUGCUUGAAGCAUAUAGGAUGUUAAUGGCUGUUGGGGAGAAGCAUGGCCUGCCAUAUGAUUUUGAAGUACUAGGAGAAACCGAAAUUGCUGCUGCUACUACCGAAAUCGAAAUAGUUCAAGUUUAAAUGUCGACAGAGGCCUAAUAAAGAAGGAGAAUGAGGGUAACAGUGUUCCAGCAGAGACAAUCUAUUGUACCUUACUUUUCUUAAUAGAAAUACUUGUGCAUGUUUUAGUUAUGAUCAACA